AACGUUCAACUACCAAAACAAAGAUAGAAUAUCUAACCAUCACCAACACAGCAUUUUUGACAAACUGUACAUGUCACACAAGGAGUAACCCGUCAGUCCUUGGAAAGAAGAUGGUAUUUCUUCAAUAGCGAAGACCGCUUGAUUGUCUGGCAGAUUCCAUCUCUAGAUCAGUUGUUCUCUAUUUGCUGCAGUGGCGCUCUGCUAGAAUUUCAGAGUUCUUUUGCUUCAUCAAGAUAUUUUCGAUGGGCGAAGGUGGCAAUGAUCAUGUUACAGCAGAAAAGGCUGUCGCUGAUGCUGAGGAAUCCAGGCUUAUGGAGCUUGGUUACAAGCAGGAGUUGAAGCGUGAUUUAUCGAUGAUCUCCAACUUUGCUUUUUCAUUCUCCAUUAUAUCGGCUCUAACUGGGAUAACUACUCUUUACAACACUGGGCUCAAAUUUGGUGGGCCUGUUGCCCUUACAUACGGCUGGUUCAUUACUGGGUUCUUCACCAUGUUUGUUGGGUUGUCAAUGGCUGAGAUCUGCUCUGCAUAUCCAACUUCUGGUGGGCUUUACUACUGGAGUGCUAGACUCUCUGGGAAAGACUGGGCACCUUUUGCUUCCUGGUUGACUGGUUGGUUUAACAUUGUUGGUCAGUGGGCAGGAACAGCUAGCGUUGAUUUUUCACUUGCACAACUGCUAGGAGUGAUCAUUCUGCUCAGUACUGGUGGUGCUAAUGGUGGUGGGUACCAGGCAUCUAAGUAUGUUAUCAUCGGUUUCCAUGGUGGAAUUCUUCUUAUACAUGCCAUUUUAAAUAGCCUACCCAUUAGUUGGCUGGCAUUUUUAGGACGGAUAGCAGCUGCAUGGAACGCUGCAGGUAUUCUCGUCCUCAUGGUUCUCAUACCCUCAAUUGCACCUGAAAAAGCAAACCUUGGGUUUGUUUUCACCCAUUUCAAUGCAGACAACAAUGUGGGUAUCCAAAAUAAAAUGUACAUUUUUGUGCUUGGUCUUCUCAUGAGCCAGUAUACUCUGGCUGGUUAUGAUGCAUCAGCUAAUAUGACAGAGGAGACUAAGGAUGCAGAUAAGAAUGGGCCAAGGGGAAUAAUAAUGUCCAUUGGGAUAUCCCUAAUUGUCGGGUGGGGUUACUUGCUUGGCAUCACAGUUACUGUCACCAACAUUCCAUACCUUUUAAGCAGUGAAAAUGAUGCUGGAGGUUACGCUGUUGCUGAGAUAUUCUAUUUAGCCUUCAAGAAUAGGUAUGGCAGUGGAGUUGGAGGUAUUCUUUGCCUAGCAGUAAUUGCUGUUGCCGUCUUUUUUUGUGGCAUGGCCUUGAUGACGAGCAAUUCUAGGACGACCUAUGCAUUUUCUAGGGAUGGUGGCGUGCCAUUUUCGUCAUUGUGGCUUAAAGUGAACAGGCAAGAGGUUCCAACAAAUGCUAUUUGGCUUGCAGUCUCUGUCGCAUUUUGCAUGGCUCUAACGUCUUUAGGAAGCCUGGUCGCGUUCCAGGCAAUGGUUUCAGUUGCCACCGUCGGCAUCUACAUUGCAUAUGCACUUCCAAUUCUGUUCCGAGUAACGUUAGCAAGGAAGUCAUUUAUUCCAGGACCCUUCAGCUUGGGCAGGUACAGUAUCCUUGUUGGAUGGGUUGCAGUCCUCUGGGUUGCUACCAUUACUGUUCUCUUCUCGCUCCCAGUCGCAUACCCAGUCACCAAGGAAACCUUGAAUUACACACCAGUUGCCGUUGGCGGCGUUCUUCUUCUGUCAGUUUCUUCUUGGAUUCUCAGUGCAAGGAAAUGGUUCAAAGGCCCCACAACGUACAUCGAUGAGUAGGUUUUUUUUUCAACCAAGUCAGCUGUUAUAUGUAAUAAUCAUUUGGGAUUACAGAAGACGCCGAACUGGUUAGAACCACAGGCAUUGUAUUUA